AUGGAUGCACCCCACCGUGGCUUUGCCCCAGAGCUCUGUGACCAGAUCAUCGAUUACCUCUGGGAUGAUCGCAGUGCUCUCGCUGCCUGCGCCCUCACAUGUCGCGCCUGGCUUCCGAGAGCGCGUUUCCACACUUUCUGUUGUGUCAAGGUUGGGGGUCCGGUUGAAUUCAUGCGCUUCAGCCGACUCCUCGAUGCGUCUCCGAGUGUUGCGUCGUUCGUUCGACGCAUUGUGGUCGUAAGCAGAACAAAAUUGGAUUGGUGGCCCAAGUCUACUCCCACCCGCGUCGACCGAGAAUGGCCUUUGCUGGUUCGAAACCUUCCCAAGGUGGAGGAUCUCGAGCUAGUGAAACUAUCAAUCGACGCGCUGUCGAACGAAGCCGUCAAACUGUUACCUGGGCUGCUUUCGAUCGUCCGGAUACUGCGCCUGGAAUCUUGCACUGGCUGGACAAGAGUCGACUUGCCCCGCUUCUUAUCUUCUGCCCUCAGAAUGAACGAACUGCACCUCCUUGACGUUAGCUGGCAGCCCAGCAUCCAUUUUGAUUAUCGUACGCCGAAUGGAGCAAUCUCCCCCAAGUCGGCGACAGGCUCCUCUAUGCCCGCGGAAGGAGCCAGGAUUGAAGCUCUGAAAGUGACUCUGUAUGACCGCAAGGUUGGCGCUUGGAUCCUUACAGGCCCGUUCACCCUCCAAAUCAGCCAGCUGUUUGUGGGCCUGUCUCCAGGUGAGGAACGCAUACCACGGGAGCUCCAAAUGUUCCUCCUUCGGGCGGGCGAAACCUUGCGACACCUCGUCCUCUCCUACGGCUCGCACACCCGACCCUUCGACAUGUCCGAGUCAGUCCCUACCGUCGCCGCAUCGACCGAGAGCCUGAGCAUCGCACACAACCCUCGACUGGAAUCCCUGCAUUUUGCCUUCGUCGAACCCGGAUGCACGUACACGCACCUGCUCGGUUUCUUGCGAGGCGCCGCCGACACCAUCCGCGGCAUACCAGUUGAUGCGCACCGCGCGCUCUGUCGUCUGCGAAUAAGCGUCUGGGCCCAUCUGGUGCUCGCACCCGCAGUGCCUGACCCAGAGCAUUGCGGGGGGUGGACGCAUAUCGACCGGGCGCUGGAGGCAUUUAUCCGCAACAGGCCGGACGCAAGAGUCACAAUAAGUAUACUCAAUCCGGAUGCAUUCAGUAUAGGUUUCCGCAACGGGGGCGAAAUGUUCAACAGUCUUGAGGAUGUGGUCAAACGACUGCUGCAACGCCUGCCCAAAUUCCAGGCACAAGACCGAGGGUAUCUGACCCUUGUUCUCGGUGACAGAUGGGGCCGCGAUGGACAGUUCGGUGGUGGAAUUGUUGACAAGACAUAUGAACGGUCCUGGAGGUUGCCAAUCACCGCUGGAGUUACUUCGCACUCUGAUACGGUGCACCGUGAACUUGUACUGGUCUAA